CUGCGGACCACGGCGAACAAACGCAAGGGCUACCUGGGAUGCAGGGGAAUGUGGAGCUUCAGCCGAUACGAGACGGUGCGGGCACUCUGGAAAAUGGUGGCGGUGCCGGGUUUGACCUUUGCCAAUGCCGUACUGUGCCUGUCGGCACGUACACGAGAACAUCUGGAAGUGAGGCAGCGAGAGGUGGGUCGCCUGGCGCUGGGAACACACCGAAACACCACCAGUGAGUACGUCCAGGGCGACAUGGGUUGGUCCUGCUUUGAGGCCCGUGAGGCCAGCAGCAAACUGAUUUUCGAGCGGCGGCUUUGCACUUUGCCGGAACAACGAUGGGCUCGCCAGGUGUUCAAGUACAUCCACCUUCGAAGCAUCAACACCCGGUGGGUAAGGAGAGUGAACAAGCUCACGGAGCGAUAUGACGUGCCACGGGUGCUGCUGUGCGAGGUCGAAUCUCCGGGGACGGCGAAACAGGUGCGGGAACGCGUGAAGGAGACAGAAACGACCAGAUGGGUCGCCGCGGUAGGCGCGCGGCCGUCCCUCGCCGUCUACGGUGCGGAAAAGAAGAGCAUUGUGGGCGUGGAUUUCGUCGACAACUCGAGGGGCAGUGGGCUGCUGUGCGAGGCACGAAGUGGAGUGUUGAGGACACGCCACCUGAGGUCCAAGUACACACCGGGGAUGGACGGUACAUGCCAGCUAUGUGGCCAGCAGGAGGAGACAGCUGAACAUAUCAUAAUGGAGUGCCGAGAGCUGAGACCGCUGAUGCCACCAGAUCUGGUGGAUUAUGCGGUUGCACUGGGUCUGAAAAGGUUGGACUUGGGACCGACACCAUCGACAGGUCAGGGGCAGACGACGCAGACGACGUGCAUCAAUGAAGUGGGAAGUCGAGACCAUGGUGGCCAGCGCAGUCAGCGGGGGGAUGUCGGCGGCCUCGGGGUGGUUGAAAUCGCAAAGCGAAGACUGGAGGACUGGUGGGGGAAAACUGUGAGGAGGGUGGGGGGCAAUGGCAAUCAAAUUUAG